CAGACGCCAUCUUGUUUGUUUGGGUUUAGGGUUGUUCAAGCCUGCAGCUCCAAAUUUUCGUCACAAAUGACCUUUUGCUGGUAGGAAAGUAAGAUCAUUCUAACAUAUUUGUAUAUAAUCGACUAAAUGGGCAAUAAGUCAGCAAAACCAUCGAAAAAGAAGCCCACUUGGGACUUGAACAAGGCGACGACGUCAAAUUUGCCUUCGCGACCUCUUCGACAUCUUAGAUUUCCUUCUAAUUCACAGGGAUGUUUUUCUAACUCAGCAAGGAUUGUGUAUCAGUUAGGACUAGAGCAUGGAGAGGAGAUUCGUUGUGUUGUUUUUGCUCCAGACGAUGAAUGUACAAUAUUAACGACAUCAAAUCCCUGCGGACCUAAUACUUAUCUACGAGCUGACGAGGGAAUGGGACAUUUUCGGAUUUUUGAUGUUCCUCAACGUAAACCCAAGAAAGAAAUUAUUACUUACUAUUCACAAGAAUGCGAUAUUUCACCUGACGGAGAUCUUAUUGCUUUCGUUAUGAACGCUUCGAAAGGCGAAGUAGCUCAACUAAAACGAAAUCGGACAUCGCCGAGCGGUGUGUCAGAAAAGCUGGCUAAAUUUCACCCGGAGUGCAAUGGUCUUAUCGGGCAGACUAUGAUCUGUAAGUUUGCUCCCGAUUCAUCUGCUCUACUUAGUGCUGCGUGUGUGGACUUUCAUACGAUAAGAGAAACGAACGAACUUCGUGUUUGGAGUGUCAAAUCAAUGAACCUAGUAAACAGCGUUGUUCUUCGAGAUUUGUCAGAUUUUUGUGGGUUUGUGACAAGUUGUAAUUUUUCCCCAGAUGGUACACUCAUUGCGUUCUCUACUUCGCAAGAACAGUUGUGUGUUUUGAACAGCAAAACGCUCGAAAAGGUGUGUGUGGUAAGAAAAAAAUGUCGCGGGAAUAAAUGUUGGUGUGUGUUUGAUCCAAGGUAUCGUAGUGAAGUCCUAGGAUGUUGUUUACAAGAUGGAAGAAUUGAACUAUGGCACUGUGAUGACGGACAUCACUCUUCGAUAAACAACGAGCUAUAUACCUGCUAUAAACAAGAAAGAGUAACAACAACAUCACGGCUUUAUUCGUGUCAAUAUUCCCCUGAUGGAAAUUUUUUAGCUGUUGGAACAUCUGAAGCUAAGAUUUUACUUCUUGACUCAGACACRUUAAUCACAGCAAUGAUUCUGGACUGCAAAGUGCAAGUUGUGUCAGCCCCCAAUGGAGGAAUGUACCAAAGUGCUAUCAUCCAUUGCUUGGCAUUCUCGAAAUCAUGCAAUUAUCUUGCUGCUGGCUAUAAUGACGGGGUUGUUCGAGUGUGGCAGCUACCGAUUCGCUUUGAUUUAAAGCAUAUAUCCAGGACUGCAAUCUUACAAUGUGUUCCAGCAAACAAAGUAUACUCUUUACCACUGCCAGAUCCACUUAAAAUUUACCUUCUCCACUGGCCACAGUGAGUGGCCAUGGAGAUUUAUUUGAAAAAAAUGCGUUUGUCAUUUCUCAACAUGAGUCCACCAGCAUCCAUUAUUGUWAAACAUAAACAAUGUCUGGAGAUUCUUAUAUAUUCAUUGAUGUUAUUUUAAUUUACUCUUAGUGGAAUUUAGUCUUAACCCUAUAAAUGUCAAUUAUUUUUGGGACUUAUACGUUUGUCUUUCUUGGCCUUUUAUAUCUAGUAAAAUAGCUUUGACAAGGUCUAAUGAAAGCCUUCUUGAGCUCCUAUAAAUGUUUGACUUUUGUGUCUGAAAAAUUCUAAUUCCACAACAAUAGAAUAAAUAUCAAAUUAAGGAAAUCCUUCAAUGUCUGUUUAAAGAAAAUUCAUUAUGGAAUAUUAUUUGGUUAUUUGGUAUAUUAUAUCCCCAACGUUUAUACACAUCUAAUAYGCAGAAGAGCUUGAUUCCAGAGAAAAAAACUAAUUUAAAUCUUUUAUACUUUAAGUACCAGACAAUAUAAUUUAUUUGAAAUAUAUCCCACUUAAGUAUGCUUCUAUCUCUUUUUCAUCAAAAUUAGUUUAAGGAUUUGUCAACUUAACACAUUUAUUGUAUAUUGUGUGAAAAUUAAAUUAUCUUUAUUUUGUGCUUUCAAAAUCUUUAUUCAUAAAUUGUACAGAAGAGCAAGUACAUAUGUAAAUCAGAUUAAAAUGAAAUACUUUCUGUU